AUGACCGCGUACACGUUUUCUGCUCUCCCCAUCCCCGGCCGUUUUGGCUAUGGCACGAUGAACUUGACGUGGAACCCUCACCCACCCCCCACGUCUCAAUCGAUCGAAACGCUUCAAUUUGUCACUCAAAACGACCAAUUCGGCACAAAGUUGUUGAAUGGUGGGGAAUUUUACGGCCCUGACAACGCCAAUUUGAAGCUUUUCAAGGAAUUUUUGGCGGCAAACUCACCGGAAGACAAUGAAAAGUUGGUGAUCUCGAUCAAAGGCGGGUUCAAUCCGGCCACUCAUGGUCCCGAUGGUAGUAAAGAAUUCAUUACCAAGUCAAUUGAGAACAUCUUACUGUUUUUCCCUCCCCCAGGAACCGCCGGUCGCCCUAAGCUUAUCUUUGAACCGGCGAGAGUGGACUUGAACCACCCUUACGAGCAAACGAUUAGCUACGUUGCCGAGUACGUUCGGGCGGGAAAACUCGAUGGUUUCUCGCUUUCCGAAGUCGGCAUCGGCUCGAUCCAAAAGGCAUUGUCGGUGGCAGCCGUGCUGUGCGUCGAGCUUGAAUUGUCGCUUUUAUGCCAGGAUAUCUUGCAAAACGGCAUCAUCGACGAGCUCACCAGGCACAGCAUCCCCGUGGUGGCCUACUCUCCCUUGUGUCGUGGUUACUUGACUGAUCACACCGUCGAGAACAAGGAUACGUGGUUGAGCUCGAUCAAAGAGGGCGACUUCCGUCUCACCAUCGAGAAGUUCUCGCCGGAAAACUACAAGCACAACAUCGUUCUUGUGGAGAACUUGUACCACUAUGCCCACGACAAGAAGAACUGCUCGUUGGAGUCGUUGGCGUUGUCGUGGAUUUUGGCGAUCUCGGAAAACCCCCACUACCAGGGUCGCAGGAUCACCAAGAUUUUGCCUAUCCCAGGUGGGUCGACCCCUAAACGGAUCGAAAGCAACUUGUCGUCGCUUGUGGAGUUGACCGACGCCGAAUUGUUGGAGAUUGACGCCAUUUGCGCUGCCACCCCAGUCCGUGGUCGCCGCUACAAUGAGGCUGCAGAAGCGCUUAAUUUCGCCUAA